UCGUCUACUCCCUGAACAGAUACGGCGCGGGUUCGGGUUCGACUCUCGGUGCUGGUAGAACAGCGAGACGAAAAAAAAACCCAAUGUGACUAAUCUAGUGCGGAGAGCGCAAGCAAUCGUACGGCCUUUUGAUAGCGUCGAUUGCAUCGAGUUUGCUCAAGAAUUAGGACUUGAGUCAUCGCAGCAAAGAGUGUGCGGGAGAUCUUAUCGUGGAGGUAUUUUUGGACCAAUUAGAUACUUGCAGCUGGUGCGUAGCACGACCACCACUUGAAGUGUUUGAGCGUCGUCCAUUGAACAAGUGGUCUGGUCUGGUCAGCCACAGUCACCCCCCUUCACAAUGGACAUCUUCAUACCGAUUGUGAUCUGCUUCAUACUGUUUGUGUUCUUCACGCUGUGCGGCAUGUGCUGCAAGCGGCGUCGCGACGCAGGUGCCGUCAUUGCCACUCCGGUCGUUAUCACGUCCACCCAGCACCACGUAGGACCGUAUCCGGUGUCGCAAUCGGUGGCACCGCCGCUGACGGCCAGCCAGCAAGGAGUGGUCAUGCAGCAGCACGGAACGGGAACGGGAAUGUAUCCGAUGCCACAGGCGAUGCCGCAGCCGAUGCCAGGCUACAACCCGGCUGGACCGGGCUAUCCACCCCAACAGUCUCAGCUGCCGUACCCGCAGCACCCGCAGAUGCCGAUGCCGAUGCCCAUGCCCGGAGCGGUCCCACCGAUGGCGACCCAAGCGACGAUGAAUCCACCCAGUUACGACCAGGUCGUCACCGAGGGUUACGCCCGGCAGGCCCCCUUCAACCCCAACUACACCGGACAGUAAGCUCCGAUGGACGACGAAGUGUGUGUGUGCUGGAGAACUGACCAAGCAGCAGCAACCGACGCGAACAAACACUUACUUUACCAACUAAGGCCAUAUUAAUCCAACCAAGGACUAUAACUAAGUUAAGUUGAGACUCAUCCGUUUUUUUGCAACAUCAACAAAAAUGAACUUUUACACGUUAAAAUGUUUUCCACUACGUCACGCCUCGCUGUGAGCGAACUGAGAUGGAUUAUAAACCGAACCUAGUGUAACGAAAGGUGGUGAUCACAGCCCAGUACAUUAACUAAUAGAAUGGUGAUUAUCGAAAUCAGAGCAGUGCUUCUGUAAAUAUUUACUACGUUAGGAUGCUUAUUCAUAUUUCAACCAUAAGUGUUUCGUUUAAGUUACAACGCACAUUGAAUCCAUAGAUCAAAUCAAAAGAAGACUUUUCGUUUUGUCAACAGGAAUAAGAAUUCAGGUGCGAUGAAUCCUUGUGACGAUUGUUGUGCGAUAUAAAUGUGUAAACGAGAUUUAACAGUAUGAAAUAAAUGGAAUCACAAUGUUUUGUGAACUAAACUAAA